AUGGCAAAAAGCGCAAAGCAGGAGGUUGGGGAGUCCUAUGUUGGGGACUGCUUGAAGAUUUACGACAAGCUUUUGUGCGACGACCUUGUGAACCAACAGUUGGAUGUCUUGGAAAGCAAAUGGCAGCUUCAAUCGUGCUUGAACAGCAUCCUAAAGCUCAAGACCAUCGUGGGAAAGACAGAUUCCUUGCAGGAACGCCAAUGGGUUAUCUCCUGGUUGGUUGAUGCAGUAUCUGCAAACGCUCUGUCAAAUGACGCUGUUCGCAAACCCUACUUGCUAGGCAGUGAGACGAGUGCCAGCGCAGUGGACUUGAUCAAGUUCAGAAGAGUGGCCAGUGACUUCUUCCUCGAUGUCGAGUUUCCUAGGCAGGGCUUUGAGCUUGAGGACUUGAAGUUGAUCAAGGCCAACAUGGCAACGACUCAGAGCUAUAGGGCAAAAGUCUCAGGGAUGACAAGUGAAGAAGAUGUCAAGACAGUUGAUGCUAAGUGGCAAGCGCAGCUGCAGGUUUCAUCCUUGAAGGUUUUGAAGCUGAUUGAGGACAUGCUGUUUGGAGCUUGCUUGAACCCGGCAUUCAUAGCAGUGCUGCGUAAGAACUCAAGCAAGCCAGAGCCCUUGGAGUUGAUCGAAGUGGAGACCUUCAAAGUCCGCUUUCAAGACUGCUGUCAAGCACGUGAUGCUGAGAAGGCGAAAGACAAGGUUCUGGCCAAAGAGCCGGACGUUGAGAUGGAUGAGGCCACCAAAAUUGAACGAGGGGUUGCGCCGCCUACCCCAGGGAAAUACCAAAAAGGAACCCCAGAGUAUUGGACAGCGACAGCUGCGCAACUAUGCGACAUUUAUGUCCUGUUGCAUGCGGAGCCACAGACUGAAGCUGCGAUGGUCAAGGCAAUUGCAGAGUCAAGCUUGGCCCCGACAAGCAUCAGAGGCAAACCUGGCAGAAGUUGUGUGCUUAUCCACCUGGAUACGCAGUUGAUCGGCGAGGCCAGCAAACGGCCGGCCUACAAGCUGCCUCCCAUCCCAGAUGGCCUGAUGUCCAAGCUUCUGACAGCAGCGUUGAAAGCAAGAGGAGCCCAGCCUGUGAAAGGAUCCACGCAUUUUGAUGCGCCCAUAGAAGGUGAUGUGGUCCUCUUGAAUGACGGAGGGAGGAAUGAUGCUGAUGCGUGCCUGUCUCACUUCAAAACGGGGAAGACGCGGCGGCCGGUCAAUGCUCAUAUUGACCACUGGGACUUGAGCUUGGUCAUUUCCCAGGAGACCCUGAAGCUGAAGCGCAAGAAGAAUCGUGGAGCACUGAACCAGGUGCAAAAGAUGCAUUGGCUUUCAAAAGAUCCUCUGACUUCCAUGAUCCCAGAGAAGAAGCAUGAGACCUUCAGUGGCACCAACCGUGGCAACGCACUCGCCUUUGUGUCUUUGCCAACGCAGAGGCAGCUCUGGCACGCCACUGUAGAAGAGAAGAAGGAGAUCUUCAAGGACAAGGUUUUUGGCACUUCUGGCGCCGACGAUGAUGACGAUGAUGGGGAUGCUCAAGAUGGAGGUGAAGCAGUUCGGAAAGACACGGACUGCGAACCAGUGUUCUUUCAUUGCCUUCUAAAGGCAUUGUAUGACACUCUUUUGGGGAGCUGGUCUGUCGCUGGGAUCCUGGAUCUCAGUCCGGGUCAAGGAGAGUUAGCCAAGUCAGCGAUCGAAAAGAGGCUCAGCUAUGUGGGCAUAUGCCUGUCAGAGGCCCACGCGGUGAAGCUGAAGCAGGAACUCAUUCGACACAUCAAGCAAGCCAUGGCCACAGAAGGAUCUGGGCUGUAUGAGACGGCUACCAAAAAGAAGGCAGAUUCUCGUGCUCAGGGCGAGGAUGAGGAAGACGACGAUGAGCCGCUGAAAAAGAAACAGAAGAAGCCGACGGGCAAGGGCAAGGCUAAGGCUAAGCCAGAAGAUGGGAAUGACAAUGAGGAUGAUGAUGCCGAAGACAAGCCAAAGAAGCGAAAGAAAGCGAAAACCGCCGCCAAAAAGUCUUUGAUUGAGAGCUCAGAGGCAGACUCUGAGAGCUAA